AUCAGGUACGUUGCCAUGCAUGCGAUGCAAGAGGAGAAUCACUCGGCAAGUCACAACCACCAGCCAAGCGGCACUGGGUUUGCUGAUGGCGCCAGCUCCUCGCACAGGAGGCAAGGCAAGCUGCAGCUUCGGCACACGCUUGCGACAGUGGUAGGGUUUUUGCUACCGCUGCUCACACGUUUCGGCCACCAUCAUCAAUAACCUGGCGUGUUUGGGUUUCUCGGGGCUGGCGUUCUGGUUAGACGGCGGGUUACGCUACCUAUUUGCGGGAUGGGAAAGCGGCAUGUCGAGAGCGGGAGUUGUGAAGCGUAGUGUUUACAGGGACAAUGGGUUCGGGUUAAGUCUCUAGAUCUGGCACGCAAUCGGUUGAAUAUGCGCCUUUGAGACCUUGCUGCUGUGGAAUGUGGGCACAAACAAAGCGCGGUGCUGUCCAGUGUCAUCGUGGUUUGCGGAGCUUGGUAUGUAACAGUGUACCUAACUUUACGGUUGAUGACGCAACCGGCGCCUGAUCCAGCCGCUGCUCCACUUUGAACACAGUGCAAAGUCGAGGCUUUCGGUUGAGUCCAGGCCAAGCAUGACUGCUGCUGCGGCGGAGGCUAAAUUUCUUUGAACGUAACGGCCCCAGAAAAGUGGGGACGUUUCAGGCACAUCCUGAUGGAGCCGCC